CUGCAGCCGGCUUCGCGAAUCGAGGUUGGCAGCUCUGCUGUGUGGCAACACGGCGGCAGCAUUGGGGCCUCGACGAGGCGAGGUGCGGGCGCGGGGCGUUUCGCGACUACCACGGCGCGGCGGCAGUGACGCGCGGGUAGCGAGCGUGGCAGCCCCGCGGAUAACAGGCGAGCUGCGCCAGCGCAGGCGAUGGCGUCGGCCGAGGACCCGUGCGCGCGCGCGCUGCUGUGGCUGGGGGCCCUCGCCCUGCGCGCCCGCCGCCCCGCGCGCCGCCUCUGCGGCUCCGUGCGCCUGGCGCUCGUCUACGCCGCCGCCCUCCUCGGGUGGGGGCGCUUCGCGGCGGGCGCGGGGCUGACGCGGCUGCUGUGCGGGCGCCUGGCGCUGGCCUCCGCGCACCUGCCGCUGGCCUUCGUGAUGAUGCUCUGGACCGUGGGGAGGAGCAUCUCUGACGCAGUGUGGUGGCCUCUGGGGCUGACGGCGUGGGAGGCGGGCCGCUUCGACAUUUCUCCUCUUGGAAGCGAGUAUGAUUCUACGGAGACCCCGUACUUUAGAGUUCGAUAUGAUGGUGAGGGUCGUUGCGACUGUCGCCAUCCUGGGAGCAAUAGGCGAUGUACUUGUUCUCACGGCUAUCCUGGGGUGAAAUCUGAGUGGGGGCGCUUCGCGGCGGGCGCGGGACUGACACAGCUGCUGUGCGGGCGCCUGGCGCUGGCCUCCGCGCAUCUGCCGCUCGCUGUCGUGUGGAUGCUGCGGUGCGUGGAUAGGUGCGUCGCCUACGCCAGCUGGUGGCCCCUGGAGCACGCAGCCUGGGAGGCGGUUCGCUUUGAAAGGAAACUGACCGGGCACGUUGGUCGUGGCAUCCCUAAUGUACUGCCUGCUGGUGGAGCUGCAUCCCGGAGACGAAGCGGUCACCUCCUUGGUGUCGACGCAGGAGUUCUCUGCCGCCCCCGCACCCACCGAGCAGCCAAAGCCCUGCGCCAUACCGCCACUUCACCGCCCCCACUAGCACUCAACGGCAUUGGAAAAAUCUGUUUUAUUCAGUUCGGGCAUUGGCAGUAUUUUGAUACCUAGGGAAUCGAUAUAUUUGCUGUGGACAUUGGCAGUAUACUCGUAUGAACCGAUUUGGAAAAUAUUUUACUAGUUUUACCAAAACUGCUGUGUGUAGAUGAUUGGCAUGCCAUAAAUCGAAUAUUCAUUUAAUAUUUCAAGCGUGCUCUUGCUUGCCAUUCUUCUAAUGGCUACUCUGCUACAUGGAGUAGGU